CCACCAAUUUCCCUUCGCCAGACAAUACCAAUUUCCCUGGAGAAUAAAUAAAGAAAAAUGAAAUAGCGGACAAGUUAGGGUUUCAGAUCUCCAUUUGCAGCAAUUUCAUCAGCAUCACGCAUCAGGGAGAGGGUAAAAAAAGGAUAAUGGCGAAGAAUUUCUACAACGGGAUAAAGGGGAUGAAAGUGAAGGAGGUGCCGGAGCAUGUGAAGCCGAUGCUCUCCUUGAAUUACCUGAAGAGUACCAUAAAGAGGGGACUGGACAAUUACCACGCCAAGUAUAUACAGACCAGCUCCAUUGAUCCGCUUUAUCACGUCUGCUUUGGUGGCAUGGCCUUCUCUUACCUCGUCGCCCUGCCCGAGGAGCGGCGCCACCUCGAGCACCAGCAGCACGCCAAAGAACACGGUGGCCAUUGAUCUGACGAUGUUUUUAGCUUUCUGCCGAAACCAUGGGUGUUUCAUAUGGUGAAGGAAGCUUUGGAGUUUCUUGAUUGCUUUCAUUUCUAUUUGCAUUGAAUACUCAAAUGUAGUGCAGAAUUGCACAGAUAAAGUAAUAAAUUUGUCACAAAACCAUUAUUAUGGUUUACCUUUUGACCCAUUGGAUUGAAAUUUGGUGGUGUUAUGAUUGACUUUAAGCAUAGUUUCCCAAUUUCAGUUUUCAA